UCUUUCAGGAAUGUAUUUUUAUUGUUCGACGUGCGUGUUAAAUAAACAAUAUUUAACACAUUGUUCCAAUUUUGGCGUGUGAGAUCUAUGUUCGACAUUACAUCAAGCUAGCAAGUCCCUGUUUACAUCUGUAAAAUCUAUUAAUGAAUAGUGCUAUCGUUUGCUCACGCGUAAUCAUGCAUAAAAACUUGCGAUAUUAAAAAGAUUCUACAUUUUUGCAACAUCCUUGGCGUUGUGAGAUAAUAAACACAAGCAAGACACAAUGUCGAUACAGAGCGAAACCCCUGGAAUUAAGCAGCCUAUAAAACGUUUAGAAAUUCCCAUAAGCAAAUUCAAUGAUGUCGCAAUACCACAUCACAUUGGAAUGCUCAAGAGACACAAGGCUAAUAUUGCAAAGACUGUUACAGUUGCAGCAAAGUGGUGAUUGGGAUCGGGUAUACAAAGAACAGGCAAAUGCUUCCCGGUUAGUAUCACAACUGAAACAUUUACUUUAUGAAAUGGAUGUUCUCCGAGGACAAGUACAAGACAGCGAUAUAGAGAAGUUUGACAAACUUACCGCUUACUCUAGAGCAACUACAAUGAAUGCAAUCAAAGAAUACUUAGGGUUAGAAUUCAGUCUUCCUACCAAGGAUCUUCAAUUAUCCAAAGAUGAAGAUCAGGCCACAGACAACCCAUUUCAGGAUAGCAAUAUCCAGCUGCACGCAAAGGAGGAAAAACUGGAACGGCAAGAGGCCUGUCUCCAUGCCUGGAACUCCUUGCAGGAUGACAUGCAACAAUUACAUCAGUUAUUUGUAGAUUUCAAUCAAGUUGUUCAUGAUCAGAGAGAACAAGUCAACAGAAUAGAGGAAGAUAUUGAGGAAACUGAAGUAAACGUAAUAGAGGGUACAAGGUUUCUAGACAAAGCUGCAAGGUACAAAACAGCAGUAUAUCCAUUAGCUGGAGCUUUAGUUGGCACUUGUCUAGGUGGUCCGGUUGGUUUGGUUGCUGGCUUGAAAUUUGGUGGACUCACAGCAAUCGGAUGUGGGCUAUUAGGUUUUACUGGAGGAACAUUUUUGAAAAAGAAGACAAUGAAGCAAGCUCCUGAAACUCAGCCAAAGAUGUUGGAAGAAACAGAUGCAAGGUGAGAGGGUUCAGUUUCAGAGUUGAAAGUUGUAAAAGCAGAUAAUAAGCAGUUAUGACCAUCAUCGACUAGCAUGAGCCAAUCUGCAAUGCACUGUUCCAUGAUACAGCUCACUGUUAAAGGAAUGUUCUAUUCACCGUCUAACAAUAAUCAGCGAAGAAUCCCAAAACUAUUCUGGCAUAAAAAAUUAGCAGGUGCCUCCCUGAUAACAUAACUGUGAUCUAAACAAAUAACUAUGUAUAUGCCUACUUUUGACAAUUAUGUACAAAUAUUUUGUGAAUUAAAUAAAAUGUUACUUAAUACUUUUCACAAA